UUGAGGAUUAGCCAAGUUAUGGAUUUGUCCCUGUUGAUCGGGAGCAUGGUACAUUUAUAAUUCUGCUCGUAUUCUUUUCUGCGAAUUGAUUAAAGAAUGAUGAUUCUUACCUUUAGUUUACUAGGAUUUUUGCCAUGGUGAAUAUGUACAUGAAGUCAUAUGCUUAACCACAUGGCAUUCUUGUACUACAUGAUAAAUACUUGGUAGGUUGAACUGCUUUGCCAGGGUUUUGUUUAAAUUGCAACUAGCGAAUCAGCACUAGAAGCUGCUGAUUACUAGGUUUUCACGUUUUUUCAUCCUUCUUAACCUGUACGAUAAAUCAUUCAUAGACUUGCCAGCAGAAAGCCUGCAAGAUUUUUAAAUAAUGGGAUCGCUUUUGUGAGGGUAGACAGCCUGAGCUUCUCUGCUGUUUGGUGGGUGCGAGCACCAUCUGGAUUAGUGAAAGAGUCUAGAAAUCAAGCACCAAAUAUGGGAUUAAAUGGUCUGUUAAGCAUCUGGUGAAUUUUUAGUUGCAACAUGGUCAGCGUGAACUAAUUGUUUAGGUGGUUAUGCAUAUAACGAUUACGGCUUUGGAGUAGUUUGGCACCCUUGGAAGGGUGAUUCUUACUAUCCUUUCAUUCAUUUUAUGCAACAGAAACAUUGAAUUUAGUGUAUCACUUGGGUGUUGAUAUGACCUCAAACCUGAGUAGUACAUCUACAUGGUUUAUAGUUUAACUAGAAAAAGGGGAUUGAAACUCUUGUUCUCGAGUUCUUGGCUCUGCCUUAUCUGACUAGUAAAUCUUGCUGUUCUCUUCGUAUCACUAAUUAUCUUUUCUUUGGUUCUUUAGAUGGGGGAUCAGAGCAUUGGCUGUACUCCAGAGGAAGCAAUUUCUGUGAUCGGAUUUGGGAAGUUCCAGGGGCUCAUACUGGUUUUUGCUGGACUUGGUUGGAUUUCAGAGGCAAUGGAAAUGAUGAUUCUCUCGUUCGUUGGAGUAGCAGUCCAAUCUGAGUGGGGACUCUCUCCUGCUGAAGAAAGCUUGAUAACAUCUGUGGUUUUUGCUGGUAUGCUAGUUGGAUGUUCCUUUUGGGGCAUCAUAUCUGAUGCAUAUGGAAGAAGGGAAUCAAAACUACAUUACUAAGGAAUAUGGAGUCAAAAUUUUGGCUUCUCUGGUGUUUCUAUAUCACAUCCGUCCUAAACAAAGCGUCCUAAAGUAAUGAUGUGAUUUAGCAAAAGUACCACAACCUUCUUCAAGGAAAGCCUUUAUUGGUACAAUGAUAGUAGUGGCUGUUGCUGGAAUCUGUAGCUCUUUAUCCCCAAGUUAUAAGUUAUUUUUGGUAUCUCGUUGUAUGCUUGGUUUUGGUGUAGGAGGGGGCCAAGUAUUUGCCGCAUGGUUUAUGGAGUUCAUUCCCACAGCUAAUAGAGGUGUUUGGGUAAUCGCACUUACAAGUUUCUGGUCCCUUGGAUCAGUACUUGAAGCUUUACUUGCAUGGAUCAUCAUGCCAAGAUUUGGUUGGAGAUGGCUAAUAGGUUUAUCUUGAUUACCAUCUUUCAUUGUACUCCUCCUUUCUGGGAUUGCACCUGAGUCGCCGAGGUAUCUCUGUGUGAAAGGAAAAAUGGAGGAAGCCCAGAAGAUAUUGGCAAAAGCAGCAGCCAUGAACAAGACAAUACUUCCUCCUGGAAUGCUUAUCUUAGAUCGAACAGCAAAGAUAGAUGAACAUUAUCCGUUAUUAGAUACUUCUCUUCUGUCUUCAGCAAGAGAAAGGAAGUGCAGCCCAGAAAAUUACUUAUCAUCAUUGUUUAUGAUAUUCUCAUCAAAACUAAGGAAGACAACUCUUCUCCUAUGGUUUCUAUACUUCUCUAAUACAUUUUCAUACUACGGAAUUGUAUUAUUGACAUCUGAGCUGAGUAGUAACCAAAUCAAUUGUAGUUCAACCGUUAACUUUUUGAAGAGUGCAAAGGAUGCUAGCCUCUACAGAGAUGUAUUUAUCACAUCUCUUGCAGAUUUAGCCGGGCUUGUUAUAUCUGCAGCAAUUCUUGACAGAUUAGGCCGGAAGCUCACCAUGAAGAUUUUAUGUUCUUUGGGUUUUAUUCUGCUUCUACCACUGGUUGUGCAUCAGAAUGAGAUUCUGACAACAGCUCUAUUAUUUGGCUCUCGCAUGUUUGUUAUGUCAUCAUCCAAUGCUGUUGUUAUAUACUCAAGGGAGGUUUAUCCAACUUCAGUGAGGGCAACUGGUGUUGGAAGUGCAACAUCUAUUGGAAGGAUUGGUGGAAUGAUAUGCCCUCUUGUAGCGGUUGGUUUAGUCAGGGAUUGCCAUCAAACAGCAGCAAUUGUUCUUUUUGAGGCUGUGAUACUUCUCACAGGAUUCUGUAUGCUUUUCUUACCUAUAGAGACUGGUGGAAAAGGAUUGAGUGACACCACAAGCUUGUUGAAUGAGGAGUAGAUUAUCCUUUGCCAUGGCUGCAAGAGUUCAUGAUAUCACAAAAGAUUGGUAAAUGCACCACUUGUAUACCUGCUGGCAACAGACAUUGAUGGAAGAAAAAGAUGACAAUUUUUUCCCUCAUCAUGAAUGAUGGAUUCCGAAGUUGAGCACAAUCCAAAUUGACUUCCACCCUAGCUUUUAUUGUUCUCUGUUAAAAUCCCAUGUUGGUAAGACAUGUAUUUGUUCCAUUUUUCAUCACCUAAUAAACACGCAUUACAAUUUGCUUUGCCUAUUUUGUUUAGGAAUUUGAUCUGAAAGAUAGAUUAUGUCUGCAGUUGACUGUAACAUUCUGUCUUUAGAAUUUCAGUGAUCUUUCACCUUA